ACCGCGUAUGACUUGAGCCUCCAUAUAGAACAUCGAGUUACGAGUAUGGAGUAUCCCAUCAUGUUCAUAACUGGCAGCGAUGAAGAAGACCCUUUCACUGAUGAUCUCCUGCCUUAUCUUGGCCUUCUUUUUCCUCUCUGUCGAUGCAGGAUAUAAUGGCUCUGAUCAUGUUCAACAUGAUAUAUGCACGGUGACUAGCGGACCCGACGAAGUCAGGAUUAUGAUUUUGAAGCGGCCAAGUAGUGCUCAAUCCGUUAGAUCAAUAACUUUCAGAAACAACUGUCCAAGUACCAUCUGGCCAGGAACCUUAUCCAUUACUGGUGGUCAGAGUACUCAACUAUCAACUACCGGAUUUGCGUUAGCAUCCAGAGCAUCUACAUCACUGGAUGUCCAAACUCCAUGGUCAGGCCGUUUUUGGGCACAAACUGGUUGCUCCACGAACACCUCAGGUUGGUUCUCUUGCGCUACUGCUGAUUGCGCAUCUGGCCAAGUAACAUGCAAUGGCAAUGGUGCCAGCCUGCCAGUGUCUCUGGUAGAAUUCAACGUAGGGAUGUUUGGUGGGAGAGACUUUUACGAUGUCAGCCUUGUCGAUGGUUUCAACAUGCCUGUUUCAGUGAGCCCAGAUGGCGGGACCGGUAUUUGCCAUACCUCGACUUGCCCAAUGGAUGUGAACGCGGUUUGCCCAUUAGAGCUACAACAGAAAGCCCCAGAUGGGAGCGUGAUCGCAUGCAAGAGCGCAUGCACAGCAUUCAAUCAGCCACAAUACUGCUGCACUGGCGACUUCCUUACCCCAGCAUGUCCUCCCACGAACUAUUCAAUGAUUUUCAAGAACCAAUGCCCUCAAGCUUAUAGCUAUGCUUAUGAUGAUGUGAACAACACCUUUACCUGCUCCGGUGCACCUAAUUACGUUAUCACUUUCUGCCCUUGAAUAACAUCUAGCUUGAUCAUGAGACGAGAUCAAGAGUUAUGCAUUCA